CACUGGAGUAAAGCAGUCUGCCUGUGUCUCUUUAGAAAUGGCUGGAGGAAGACAAUGUUUUCCAAAAAGAUUUUUAUUUUACUUUCUGCUGAUCACUAUCUGGGCACUAGCUUCUGGGCAAGUGCACUAUUUAAUUCCUGAAGAGCUGGAGAAAGGCUCUUUUGUUGGAGAUAUUGCAAAAGAUUUGGGACUGGACCUCAAAGAAUUGUCAACUGGUGAAGUCAGAAUAAUAUCCAGAGGUAUGAAGCAAUACUUUGCACUUAACUUAAGAAAUGGCCAUUUGUUUGUUAAUGAAGUAAUUGAUAGGGAGCAAAUCUGCUACCAGGUAGAACAAUGUGUGUUAAAAUUUGAGAUUCUUGUUCAUGAUAAAGUCAAGUUUUUUACGGCUCAAGUUGAAAUAGCGGAUAUCAAUGAUAACUCACCCAGCUUCCCUAUAGAAGAAAUGGAAUUGACUGUUGCUGAAAAUUCAGGUCUUGGGACACGGUUUCUUUUACCAGAGGCUCAGGAUCCAGAUUUGGGGACCAAUUCUCUCCAGACCUAUCAACUCAGCAGUAACAAACACUUUUCUCUGGAUGUACAGAAUGGGACUGAUGGAGCCAAAUAUGCUGAACUCAUCCUUGAAAAGUUAUUAGAUCGAGAAGAACAGAAAACGCAUCAACUCAUUCUCACUGCUGCUGAUAAAGGGGAACCAGCCAGGUCAGGUACUGUGCAUAUUCGUGUUGCUGUUGCAGAUGUAAAUGACAACGCCCCUAUUUUUAAUAAGCCUCUCUAUGAAGAGAAUGUUGUUGAAAAUAUCAUUAAAGGGUCCCAAGUGUUAAUACUGAAUGCAACUGAUCUUGAUGAAGGAAUAAAUUCAAAAAUAACUUAUUCAUUCAGAAAAAUUUCAGACAAAGCUUCCAAAAUAUUCCAUUUGGAUCCUGGUACAGGGCAAAUAUUUGUCACUGGAAAUCUGGACUUUGAAGAUUCUAAGUUACAUGAAAUUGAAGUGCAAGCGCAAGAUACAGCUGGUUUAUCUAGUCGUGCCAGAGUACUAAUAAGAAUCAUAGAUGCAAAUGAUAAUGCUCCAGAGAUCACAAUUACACCACUUUUCAGCAAAAUUGCAGAAAGCUCUCCUCCAGGAAGUAUUAUAGCUCUUAUAAAUAUAAAUGACAGAGAUGAUGGGGAAAAUGGUGAGGUGACAUGUUCCUUACCAGCAGACCUUCCAUUUCUCUUGAAGAAAUCAUUUGACAGUUAUUACAGUUUGGAGACUGCAAGAAUCCUUGACCGGGAGAAAGAUCCAAAAUACAACAUCACAAUCAUAGCAAGUGAUCAAGGGAUUUCUUCUCUCUCGGCAACUGCUUACUUCCCAUUAGAAAUAUUAGAUGAAAAUGACAAUUCACCCACAUUCAAAAGUAGAGCCGUCACUAUUUAUACUGAGGAAAAUAACAGUAAAGGUGAUUUCAUUGCAAUUUUAAAGGCACAUGAUCCUGACUAUGGAGAAAAUGGAAGAAUAACAUAUUCUAUAAUUGAUCAACACAUUGUACUAGCCAAUCCAAUGAAAGCUUACUCAGACAGAAACUCCCAAAUAAGUGUAAAUAAGAAUGUGAUCAGAAAUUCCUUCCUUUCUUCAUACAUCUCUAUCAAUUCUGAGAAUGGAGCUCUGUAUAACCUGAGUCCCUUUGAUUAUGAAGAGAUCAGAGAGAUCGACUUCCAGGUGAAGGCCCAGGAUGGAGGCUCUCCACCCCUCAGCUCCAAUGUCUCUGUGACCCUCUUCAUCCUGGAUCAGAAUGACAAUGCCCCAGAAAUCCUGUCCCCUUCCCCUCCCACUGAUGGCUCCACUGGGAUAGAACUGGCUCCUCGCUCCUCAGAGCCAGGUUACCUGGUCACUAAGAUAGUGGCUGUGGAUGCAGAUUCUGGCCAAAAUGCUUGGCUCUCUUACCAGUUGACCAAGGCCACAGAGCCAGGGCUGUUCACUGUGGGACUCCACACUGGAGAGAUCAGGACAGCUCGGUUCUUCCUGGAGAAAGAUGCCCUCAAACAGAGUUUGGUGAUUCUGGUGAAGGACAAUGGGCAACCCUCUCUCUCUGCCUCAGUCACAAUCACAGUGGUGUUGGCUGAUAGUAUUCCAGAUGUCCUGACUGAUUUGAGCAGCGUAUCAGUUGCUCUGGAUCCCCCAUCAGAUCUCACCUUCUACCUGGUGACUGCAGUAGCUUCUGUUUCAUGCUUGUUCAUCAUCUUUCUUCUUUUGUUGGGGGUCCUCAGAAUCUACAAAUGGAAAAACUCACACUUGUGUGAAUCAGGAACUGGACAUUUUAAUGGAGUUCCAGUUUCACAGUUUGUGGGCAUUGACGGUGUCCGAGCUUUUAUCCACACUUACUGUCAUGAAGAUUCAUUAACCAUGUGUUCCCAAAAGAGUAAAAUGAUUUUUCCAGUUGAAAGGUCUACAGAUACUCGUUCACCUCAAAGAGCUUCUGAUAAAACAGAUCCUUUACUAACUCUGGACGACCCAACAUCCGAUGAAGAAAGGCAUGACACUGAACAGGUGGGUUUACUUUUGAAAUUUAAAGUUGAAGAAAUUUUAAGGUUGUAG